GGUUUCUGUGCAGACCAUUUUUUCCUCUCCUUGCAGCUCUGCAGAGAACAGUGACACUAUCUUUGCUGCCUCAACCAUGGACAUACGUGUUUUCAAGGUGGUGCAGCUAACCUUGGCCUGGGCAUUGUUAUCCGGCCACGAUGCUGUGAUGGCUACCGAGCCGGGGGUCAAACCAGCUUUCCUACGUGGAACUCAGCCAUCCUCCCAUCAUCAGUCUUCCACUGAUGCCAGCAACACGCUUCUCUCUAGCAGCACAGGUUUAAUGACAACCACACUGCUAAGAACAACAGCAAAACAGGAACAGACUGCCACGCAAAUAGCGAACCAUCAGCUGGUAACAACAGCAUCAGCACUCAACACGAUGACUGAUGGAAGAGCUAAUGUCACCCAGUUGACCAACCAGACAACUCACGCUAUAUUAACUACAGAUAAGAACACGACUGCAAUGGCCAACCAAACUGUGAGUCACGCAGUAAAUAUUACAGCAGCAUCCAAGAUAACUUUAAAGACAACCCCAAAGUCAACUAAUCAAACAACAACUCACAAAACAACAAAAACUACAGCCACAACCAAGAAAACCACUGGUCACCCAAGAACCCAAGUCACUACGCCUGCAACUACAACUGCUGUACCGCCUACCCUUGCUCCUCACCCAUCACCACCCCAGACUGGAAAUUACAGUGUCACUGAUGGAGAAAUGACCUGUGUGCUAGCAGUGAUGGGACUGGGGCUGAUCGUCCACAAUACGGUGAAGAGGGAUGUGGGCUACUUCAAUAUUGAUCCUAACAUGACUCAAAUAUCUGGAACCUGUGUAAUGGAGGAGUCAGUGAUAACCAUAUCAUUUAAUGGAGGGACAAUACGCUUCACCUUCUUAAAGAAAGAUCCAGAAUAUUAUGUCAGUGAACUUGAGGCCAACUUAGAGAUACCUAAUGAAGGUUCGUGGAAGAAGAUAAUUAUAAAGCCCAUGUUUACAACUAAACUGGGGGAUUCCUUCAAGUGUCUCAGCAAACAGACAGUGGACUUGGAGAACCACUUCCAGCUGAUCAUUGUUAACAUGCAACUACAAGCUUUCAAAAUUGUUGGUAACACGUUUGGGAAAGAGGAAGAAUGUCCCCUGGAUAGAAACAAGAAUACAGUUCCUGUAAUAGUGGCCCUGAGUAUCCUGGCAAUCGUUGUCAUUGCAUUCAUCACGAUACUGAUUGCCAGAAGGAAGACAAAUAGAGGAUACGAACGCAUCUGAAUUGCCAGUGUGCUUCGCUGUAUGUGCAUGGACAAGCACCCAGCUGGCGUCAACAUUGGUGACCUUACAAUUGGCUUGUGUGAUUGUUUUAGUCCUCAUGGUAGUUACCCUUUGUGGGAUCUGCCAUUAGCGCUGACUGCAUGCAUACCAGAGAAUGCGGCUGAUCAAAAUAAUUUCGUAUCAGUGAGAACGACGGUACACGGAGAGCUCUGAGAGUUUCAAGUCUAGCAUAACUGUUCCUUCUAACAAAGCUGUUAGAGCAGUGUAAAAUGCCAGAGUGUGUCAGUCUAGAUUUGAAGUCAAGUAUCUGCUCGUUAUACUGACUAUAUGAAUCUAAAAGGAAGGAGAACAGUUGUGUUAUAAUUCACUUGCACGUCAAAAUAAUAGUUUCAGUUCUUCUUUAAAAAAAUCCGGCUUCUUGAUUUUUAUAAUACAGUUUAUAGUACAUUCUAAGGAAAUGGGUUAAUUUAAGGAAAAAAAUUUUGGAAAAAUGAACCAGCCAAGUGCAUGCAACAUAGAUGCUACUGUCUGAGCUUGUUACUGGAAUCAUAUUGGCACAGAUGCUUGGAUUACUGAGGUAGCUCAGCACCCAAACUCUUCCGACCUUUUUAAUUUAGAUUUCUUUUUCAUUUAUAGCUAAGGUUUGCAUAGGGUUCUUGUAAAUAGCUAGCAUCCACUGAAAUCACAAAUGUUGGGCUACCUGAUCUGUACGGUCUCCAAUCUUGCAUCAACCAUAAGAUUUUUUUUUGUUUUGCUCAUUGUGUGGCAGCAUUUAUCAAUUAAUCUUCAGUCUUUUAAUAUUUGAUACAGCAUUGUAGAACGUGAUUUUAUUUUUGCUAUAACUAUUCUCAAUGGCUGACAAUUCCUGUUUACCUGUCUGGCAACCUCUGUCAGUCUUACGGCAUUCAAUGCCUGUUCUUGACUAGAAUUAGUCAUACUAUUGGUGACAGAGAAGUUGGAUUGCAUGUUGCUUGCUCACUUUUUCCUAUUGCAUUUAUUUUUUGGAAAAAAUGCCUCAGCUCCUUUCCAUGCUAUGAGUAGAGCUGAAAUUGCAUCGCACAGCACAGGUGCAAUCUACACUGCAAAAGCGGCAUUAGGGCCAGAUACACAGCAGUGAAAAAUGCAGCUCGAUAUAUAGUCAUUAUAGAUUGAUGAUUUAUACCAGUGGAGCAUCCACCAUGCUUUCCUGAUUUGCACCAACUGAGAUUCUGGCCCUUAAUGUGCAAUCAUAUUCUAACCCAAUUGCAACACUCAGCCUGCCUCAAUCCCCACCAUAUAUGCUUUCUUCAAGAAACGUGAACAACCUGCACCAAAGACAUCUGCAAAGGCAAUUGCUCGGUCAGGAAAUAUUGUUUGCCUGAGUUUUAUGGGGGUUUCAUGGCGAGUUUUAUGGGAGUUUUAUGGGGAGCCAGAAUGGGGCAGCAACUGCACCCUAAAUUGCUGAAUACAUACCUUUUUUUUUUGGCAGAUGUAUGUGAUCCUUUCCUGCCUGAGCUUAGCUUAAUGCUUGGUAGGUAGUUUAUCUUCCAAGGGCGUGUUUAAAUAACGAAGCUCCUAGGGCAUCCCUGCUUCAGUAGGAGGGCCCUAUAGAUGUAUUGCCUCUUGGUUGCAGGAUUGUUCAAUGUUCUGUUGUAAGAAACAUUCCAUACCAAACGUGGGUCCCUAAGGAGCAACCUGGAGAGGUUUUCAAGGAGAUCUUGCUAUAAAAUGUCUUGUAUAAAUAGAUGUGCAGUCACCAUAAGACUACUAUUGGCACUGAGCCUUUUCUUUUAC